CUAAUGGAAUGCGUAUUCUACCAAGCACAAAUCACAAAACCACAAGCAUGAGGUUGUCUUCUCCCGUGCAGGAUACUGUCCUCGGAGUGCUGUCCGAUAUUACAGAAACCUCAAAUAAUGCUGUUCUUCGAACUCCAGAAUCUUCACCCGCGGCACCUUCAAAGAAACAUAAACUUUGGGACUUUCCUGAACUCGACGGUAAUGGAUCUAAAGCUCGUAAAAAGCUCUUUCAAAGAACUCCAAUUCUUCAUAAACCACCGAAAAAACCUGUCCGUCAUGCUUCUAUCGCUACAGAGUUGUUGCAGCGAGGUCUGGGCAUUUCCCGCGGAAUCAAUAUUCGUGAUACAAAUAUUACUGGUAGCCGAUUUUGUCUCCAAAACUAUUAUUCACGGCCCUCUGACUGUCUUACUAUGCUUGAUCAAUUGCCUUUCAGCGUUGCCUUUGCCAACCAUGAGUCUCUUCUUGCAGUCUGCACUGAAACCGGUGCACUAGAGCUUAUUGACACGAAACCGAGAUGUAAUUCGGUGUACGGUAUGGACGACGAUCGUUCCAUUCAGAGAAUUCACGGCUGGUUGGCUCAUAAUAACGCCGUUUUCGGUGUUACUUUCUCUGAAGAUGACAGUUUGCUCGCUACCGCAUCUGGUGACCAGACUUCAAACAUCUUUGAUCUCGCAACUCAACAAUGUAUUACGCGACUUGGUCGUCGCGGAGUAGAGGGUUAUCAUUCUCACUCUGUUAAGGAGGUUUCCUUCUGCCAGAAUUCACCUUAUAAUUUAAUGACUUGUUCAAGAGAUGGCUCUAUUAUAUUUUGGGAUAUGCGUACUCAUGGUAUCACUAUUGACGGUGACCAUUACCAAAAACCUGUUCUCCGUAUCAACCAAGCACAUGAAGCUAAUGGUCGCACGUGUUCUAUUACUGCCGCUGAAUGGAUUCCUACUUCGACUACGCAAGCCGUCUCUGCAUGUUCAGCUAAUAGCAUUGUAAAGCUUUGGGACCUUCGAAACAUUCAUUCACUGCAUCCAUCCGCCAUUGCCUCUACUCCUGAACCCCAAAACAAUGCCCGUCGUGCUUUUGGCAUCACAAGUCUUAGUGUCUCACCUAUGGGAGACCGAGUUUAUGCUUGUUCGAGAGACAAUUCAGUUUAUGCAUAUGCACCCUCCCACUUGGAGGCCGGUGUAUGCGCAACUUAUAAGGAUCCUCGUCUACGUGUUUCAUCAUUUUAUGUGAAAACUGCAUGCAGUAAGGACGGACGCACGCUUGCCUGUGGCGGCGGUUCACAAGGUGCUAGCAAUGGCGUUGUCCUUUUUGACGUGUCGGAUGAGGAUCGUUGUUCUGCUUCGUUGCUGGAGGGCGGUCAUGGUAAAGAUGUCACAGCUGUUGCAUGGUCAAACGAAGACCAGCUUGCCAGCAUUUCAGAUGACGGCACCGUCCGUGUAUGGAAUCCAGCGGAACGGGGUGAAGCGCUCGAGUUACAAAAUAUGGAUUCUACUGAUAGGUUUUCCUGGGGUUUUGGAAAACUUUUAUGAUCUGUUACGUCUUGUCUCCCUUUUAAUUUUCUGUUUCCGAUUUCAUGUCUUCCCAACCAUAUUACUCCUUACAUUUUCAUCCGUGAUAUGAAGUUUUCUUCAUGUCAAUUAAAUUAUUCACUCUUUUUACUUAAUGCAUUAGAAGCCCGUCAAUUUAAUUUAAUCUCUGAAUAUAUUUUGUUCAUCCGUGAAAA